AUGGAGUUGACAUUUGAGCCAUUGAAGAACGACCUGCUGCUGCGGGCAGCCCGCGGCGAGACGGUCGAGCGCCCGCCAUGCUGGAUCAUGCGGCAAGCCGGACGUUAUCUCCCCGAGUACCACGAGGCCAAGGGUAACCGCGACUUCUUCGCCUGCUGCCGCGAUCCCGAGAUUGCCAGCACAUUGACCCUGCAGCCCAUCGAGCGCUUCGCCGGUCUCCUCGACGCUGCCAUCAUCUUCAGCGAUAUCCUCGUCGUUCCCCAGGCCCUCGGCAUGACCGUCGAGAUGGUCGACAAGAAGGGACCGCACUUCCCCGACCCUCUGAAGAGCCCUACGGACGGCCAGUACGAGCAGGUCAUGGCCAAGAACGUCGACGUCGCCGCCGAGCUCGACUACGUAUACAAGGCCAUCACCCUCACGCGGAAGAAGCUCGCCGGCCGCGUGCCCCUGAUUGGCUUCUGCGGCGCCCCGUGGACGCUGUUCUGCUACAUGGUCGAGGGUGGCGGCACCAAGCUUUUCAUCCACAGCAAGACGUGGAUCUACAGAUACCCCGAGGAGUCCAAGAAACUGCUGCAGAAGAUUGCCGAGGUCUGCGUUGAGUACCUCGCCCUGCAAGUCAAGGCCGGAGCACAGAGCAUCAUGGUCUUUGACUCGUGGGCUGGCGAGCUCGGCCCGGCUGCCUUUGAGGAGUUCAGCAAGCCUUACCUCUCCUACAUCUCCGCGAACCUCCCCAAGAAGCUGCAGGAGAUGAACCUCGAGCGCGUGCCCAUGACUGUCUUCCCCAAGGGCUGCUGGCAUGCCCUCAACACGGUCUGCGACAUCGGCUACGACGUCGUCGGUCUCGACUGGAUGCAGAGCCCUGCCGACGCCGUCAAGAUCCGUGGGGACAGACGCAUCACAUUCCAGGGCAACGCCGACCCCGGCGUCCUCUACGGCACCCACGAGAACAUCACCAAGGCGGUCGAGGAAAUGGUCAAUGGCUUCUGGGGCCAGAAGAAGGGGUGGAUCGCCAACCUCGGACACGGCAUCACUCCGGGUGUCAACCCCGAGGACCUCAGAUUCUACUUGUCUGAGAUCCACCGUCUGACGAAGAACUAA